AGCUACUGCACAACUUACAGCUGUUAAAAAUAGAGAUGUCGCAGAAAAAUCUCAUCAUAGAUAACAUGAAAGUGGACCACUUGACAAAGACGGAGGAGCUGGAGGAGAGGCUGAAUGUUGCCCUGCACCAGAAACAAGUUCUGGCUCUGAGACUGGACAGCCAGCUGCAACUCACCCAGGAUGAGAGGAGGAAGCAGCAGGCUCUGAGGAAGCAGGAGAUGGAUGGGAUCCUCCUGAGACAGAAGCAGCUGGAGGAGACGAACAGACGGCUGUGUGACAAGGCAGGAGACCUGCGACGCAGCCUCAGGGACCUGGAGCUCACUGAGGACAAUACAAGGAGCUCCGAGAUAUCCCAGAGGAGAGACUCUCUAUCACUGAAUACGUAGCGGUGAGAACUGG